UUUUUCCUGAACUGAAUCGCUGAGUUCCUUUGAUUUGCAAAGCAACAGUCAACAGAUAUGGCCGACGCACUCCUCUCCGCUUCACUUCAAGUUCUAUUCGACAGGUUGGCUUCUCCGGAGUUGAUGAACUUCAUCCGGGGACAGAAGCUAAGCCAUGAACUCCUCAACAAAUUGAAGAGGAAAUUGCUGGUUGUCCACAAAGCGCUCAAUGAUGCGGAGAUGAAGCAAUUUUCAGACCCACUAGUCAAAGACUGGCUGGUCCAGGUUAAGGAUGCUGUGUAUCAUGCGGAGGACCUGUUGGACGAGAUCGCUACCGAAGCCUUGCGGUGCGAGAUUGAAGCUGCUGACUCCCAACCUGGUGGAAUUUAUCAGGUGUGGAACAAGUUCUCUACCAGGGUUAAGGCUCCAUUUUCCAAUCAAAGCAUGGAGUCCAGGAUGAAGGAUAUGAUUGCUAAGCUUGAAGAUAUUGCUGAAGAAAAAGAGAAGCUUGGGCUGAAAGAAGGUGAUGGUGAGAAACUGUCACCAAGAUUACCAUCCUCUUCUUUGGUGGACGAGUCCUUCGUGUACGGCAGGGAUGAAAUUAAGGAGGAGAUGGUGAAGUGGCUGCUUUCUGACAAGGAAACUGCAACAGGCAACAACGUCAUAGAUGUGAUGUCCAUAGUGGGCAUGGGCGGCAGCGGCAAGACCACACUCGCUCAGCUUCUCUAUAACCAUGACAGAGUGAAGGAAUACUUCCACCUGAAAGCAUGGGUCUGUGUUUCCACGGAGUUUCUUCUUAUCGGUGUAACCAAAUCAAUUCUUGAGGCAAUCGGUUGUACCCCUACUUCCGAUCACAGCCUAGAUUUGCUUCAACGUCAACUCAAAGACAACCUUGGCAACAAGAAAUUUCUACUCAUUCUCGACGACGUCUGGGAUGUGGAGUCUCUUGAUUGGGAAAGUUGGGAUAGACUACGAACUCCACUCCACGCUGCAGCCCAGGGAAGCAAGAUUGUUGUGACCAGUCGUAGCGAAACUGUUGCAAAAGUCAUGCGUGCAAUCCAUACUCAUCAGCUGGGAACAUUAAGCCCUGAAGAUAGUUGGUCCCUAUUUACAAAACUUGCAUUUCCAAAUGGAGACCUCUGCGCUUAUCCUCAGCUUGAACCCAUAGGCAGAGAGAUUGUGAAGAAGUGCCAAGGAUUGCCUUUGGCUGUGAAAGCACUCGGGAGUCUCUUGUACUCUAAGCCCGAAAGAAGAGAAUGGGAAGAUAUUUUGAAUAGCCAAACAUGGCAUUCUCAGACUGAUCAUGAAAUUCUUCCAUCUCUUAGAUUGAGUUACCAGCAUCUUUCUCUACCUGUGAAGCGUUGUUUUGCUUACUGUUCAAUUUUUCCCAAGGACUAUGAAUUCCACAAAGAGGAGCUGAUUCUAUUAUGGAUGGCAGAAGGGUUUUUACACUCAGGACAAAGUAACAGAAGAAUGGAAGAGGCAAUUUCUGAUGACAUUUGCAGCAUAGACACCAAUAGCCAUGGUAGUGAGAUUUGUGGAUUUAACAACCAUUGUAUUGCUUGAUGAAGAGGGGAGGUUGUCUAGAUUGUUGCCUAUAUGGGUAUUCUUUCUUGGAUACAGAUUUUAAAGAUGAAAUUUUUUCAAUUGCCCGAUUGCCAAGCAGAUGAAGGGGGAGCAGAGAGGAAUGUGGUACACGGGCUAUUGACAAGCAAAAUCGAGUUCUAGAGGGAACAUAAUCCCAUGAUCUUGUAUAUAUGAAAUUGCCCUCUCUCAACUCCAAAAAUAGUGAUCAAUAUAUAGUCAGUAACAAGGAUCAGCAUAGAAGACUUACUAUGUGAACAAUGUUUGAUAUGACCAUGGAAAAAAAUAUGAGGGAAACAUCAAUAACUUUAUGCCAAUGUAUUUUUAAAUUUGGGAACAUUUGGAAAACUACAGUUCCAAAAGCAACAUUUUUAUGUGAGGUAUUUUAUGGUAUUGAAUUUAUAGAAUUUUUUAGUUAUCUGAAACUGAUUGAGGUCCCCUAUAAAAAAAAAGGCAGUCUAUUUUGCAUUAACCCAGUGGACCGUUCAAAAGGUGAGAAGAUUGACACAAAUCUUUGUUAUGUAGUUGCUACACAUGUUCUGUCCCAAUUUUGAUGUUCUAUUGUUCUUGUUUUGGUUUUUCUUAGGUCUUGACUAUGACCAAAUGAUCAUUUGCAAAAUUGGCAUUGCCUUGCCUACACUUCUGUCUGUGACUAUGAGCAUUGGUUCUCAUUUUUCAUUUGAGUAGGAGCCAAUUGUUUAUUCAUAAAGAAAAUUAAAAAGUCCAAGUCUAAAUGAAGGUCUAUACCGCAAAAUUCCAACAACGAAUAUUGUAAUUAAAUUGUCUUAACUAUAAGACUUUUGCAGUUCUAUUUUUUAUUUUGAUGUUGUUAUUAUCUUAAAGUAGUUGAGUGCAAUUCUCUCAUUGAAUUAUCUGAUUUUGUAUAGAAAUGAUGAUUUUGAGCUUAUUCCCCAUCUUCAUGCUUUAGAAAAUUAAAUAUUCUCUGUAUUUAUUUUUCUGAACUUUUGAUGAUACAAGGUUUGAUCUCAAUCUCAGGAAAGUUCGUUUUGAGAGCAUAUUUGACUAUUAUUCAAGCUGGACUAGCCUGUAACUCAAUUCCAUCAACCAACGUCAAUGGUAUCAACUAUGGAUGGCCCUUGCUUGGUUGGGUCGAGUUACAAUCAGACUCAAGUAUGUUCACAUGGCAAUUACUGAUGACAAUUGCAGUGCAACUGCAAGUGGCUGUGGCACCGGGAUUUAUGGAUUCAACAACUAUUGUAUUGUUUGAUGGGGAGAGGGGGUUGUUCAAAUGUGAGUGCCUGUGUAGGCAUUCUUUCUUGGCUCCAGAUUUUAAAGACCAAAUUUUCCAAUGCCCAGUUGCCAAGCAGGUGAAGGGGAAGCAGAGAAGAAUACAGUAGAGUUCAUAGAAUUAAACAACACAAACUGGCAAAUCUCCAAUUAUGAACUUUGGAUUGGACGGAUUGUUGACAAGAAGAAGUUUUAAAGAGUCUUGUAAAGAGGAUUGCUUCUGUGCAGUAGCCAUUUAUACAGACAAUGUGUUAGCAGAAGAGAUUCCUUCUCUCCUGUGGAAGACAGAGCAAAAGGCUUGCAGACAGGCCCAGAUAAGUCUACCUUGAUUCUUGUUCAGUGUUCUUCAAUCUGUUUGUGUGGUUAGCUAUAGCUGGGUUGCUGUCUUCUGAUAUUGUAAGAAACUGAUCAGUCUCCAGUUUGUUUCAAGCAUACUGGGGAUCUUUUAAUUUUUAUCAAUGUACUUGUUCCUAUACUUUCAGUUUGUACCCACAUUAUGAAAUUAAUACCCUAAGGAAAAAUUUAAAAAAGUAGCAUAAUCUUGUUACCUUCUAUGUAACAUGCCAUCUUAGAAGAUGAUUGAUCAUAUUAAUUAUUUUUUU